AUACGUCAUGACCGCCCACCGCCAUCCCCUUUUUUUUACUGUGGUAGCUAUGGAUACGAAACUUGUCUAGGGAAGGCCAUGGAGACAACUGGGGAACCGUGUGCUCCAGAGUUAUCUCAGAUUUCAUAUGUUUUCCCCAAUGGAGACAGAUAUGAUGGAGAAUGUAGAAGGACACAAUCAGAAUUGUUGGAGAGGAAUGGAACAGGAGUCCAUAAAAGUCUGUGUGGUUUGACCUACUCAGGAUUAUGGAACAAUGAUAAGAUGAAUGGCAUGGGGAGACUUGAACAUCCAUCAGGGGCUGUGUACGAAGGAGAAUUUACUGAUAAUAUGUUUCAUGGGAAAGGUACAUACAUUUUCCCAAAUGGAGCCAGAUAUAUAGGAAGCUUUAACCAGAACAGAAUGGAAGGAGAAGGUGAAUACGUGGAUGCACACGGACUGCAAUGGAGAGGAAUGUUUCAUUAUAAAGCAGCACCGGGGCUCAGAUUAAAGCUGGAAAUAUAGUUCUAAUCAGACUUACACCAAAAGAAGGACAUCAUCUUCUAGUCAGUCAUCUGUAGCACUUUCUUGCUUGACCCAUUAUGCAUAUAGCAGAAGAAGGGAUUACAUUAAAAAGAAUAAACAGUGUCCCUGCAUUGAAAAGUGGCAUGUUCCUAGUAUUACAAAUCUAUAUUAUUAUCAUUUUGUAAAGAGAUAAAUACUGUAGAGUUGGGGGUAAAAUAUGACAAAUCGGUGUGCACCAAUAUAAAGUGCAGAGAACAUUGUUAAUAAAAACUGUGAAUAUUUCUUUAUAGCGUUACAAACAAUCUAUUUUAAGCUCAUCCAGCUUGGCAAAACUUUCAUUAGUUUAAUAGAAUAAGAGAAUUUGCUCACUUCUAUGAUGAAUAAAUAAAGAGACCAUAACAAA